AUGGAAGAUACCGACGCCGAAAAGAAUAUUGAGAUCUGGAAGAUCAAGAAACUUAUCAAGCGUUUGGAAAACGCCAGAGGUAACGGUACCUCGAUGAUCAGUUUGAUCAUCCCUCCAAAAGGGCAAAUCUCGAUUUUGAACAAGAUGUUGACUGAUGAAUACGGUACCGCCUCCAAUAUCAAGUCUCGUGUCAACCGUUUGUCGGUGUUGUCCGCCAUCACUUCCACCCAACAAAAGUUGAAGUUAUACAACAAGGUCCCACCUAACGGGUUGGUGAUUUACUGUGGUGAUGUGAUCACCGACGAAGGUAAGGAAAAGAAAUUGAACAUUGAUUUCGAGCCAUUCAAGCCUAUCAACACCUCUUUGUACUUGUGUGACAACAAGUUCCAUACCGAAGCCUUAAGUGAAUUGUUGGACUCCGAUGAAAGAUACGGGUUCAUCAUCAUGGACGGUAACGGUGCGUUGUUUGGUACUUUGUCCGGUAACACGAGAGAAAUCCUCCACAAGUUCACCGUUGAUUUGCCAAAGAAGCAUGGUCGUGGUGGUCAAUCUGCGUUGCGUUUCAGUCGUUUGAGAGAAGAAAAAAGACACAAUUACGUUAGAAAAGUCGCCGAAGUAGCGGUGCAAAAUUUCAUCACCAACGAUAAAAUCACCGUCAAUGGGUUGGUGUUGGCCGGUUCUGCCGAUUUCAAGACCGAAUUGUCCAAAUCCGAUAUGUUUGACAACAGAUUACAAGCAAGAAUCGUCAAGAUUGUCGAUAUCUCUUAUGGUGGGGAAAACGGGUUCAACCAAGCUAUCGAAUUAUCGGCAGAAACUUUAUCCAACGUCAAGUUCAUCCAAGAAAAGAAAUUGUUGGACAAAUAUUACGAAGAAAUUGCCCAAGACACUGGUAAAUACUGUUAUGGUAUCGACGAUACCCUUAAAGCUUUGGACUUGGGGGCUUGUGAAAUCUUGAUUGUCCACGAAAACUUGGAAACCGUUAGAUACGUGCUCAAAGACGCCGAAGGCGCCGAGGUCAUCAGAUUCAACGUCCCAUCAAGGGAAGGUGAAAAGAAGGAAAACAAGGAAUACUUGAUGGACAAAAAAACUGACACAGAAAUGGAAGUUGUCGACGAACAACCGUUGAUCGAAUGGUUGGCUGAAAACUACAAGAACUUUGGUGCCACUUUGGAAUUCGUUUCCGAUAGAUCAUCCGAAGGGGCCCAAUUCGUCAGAGGUUUUGGUGGUGUCGGGGCCUUGUUGCGUUACAAGGUUAACUUUGAACAUUUGGGUGAUGAUGAUGAUGACGACGAUGAAUAUUAUGACAGUGAUGACGAUAUCUAUGCCAACAACUAA